AUGCGCUCAGACAAGAUCUACAAGCCAUUGGAGAAGGGACGUAGACGACGCAACUCGGACAAAUUACGCGAUUCUCCUUUGGUUGAGGCAGCACGCAGUUUAUGCUGGUUCAUGUUUGGUUUGUUUCUGGCCACCGUAUAUGGCGGGACAGCGCUCUUCUUGCAAAACUAUGGCCUGUGGUACUGCCUGACCACCACAGUAAUCAUUGCCGGCUUCAUCGCAUUCGGCAUGGGCCUCUCCAUCCGCGUGCGCUCCAAUGUCAUGCUCAUGCUACCGAUGCUAUGCUCCAGGAAGGGAAAGAACGUCCUGCUGUUCCUGAUCUUUUCCCUUGUGGUUCAGGGGCCCAUGGCUAACACAUUAGAGAACUUUGACCGUGCUGCAGGCAGUGUGGCCUGCGGGGCAGAGCUAGCAAUGAAUCAGACCCACCAGCUGAUGGAGAGAGCCGCGGCACCUCUGCUUCCUGUUCUGAAUAAGAUAAAGUUGAUUACCAGGAAUGCCUAUACAAUGGCAGGGAGAGUACAGAACCUCAUAAAGGCCUUGACAGAGUCCGUUCGGCACAUAGCUCGUUCCCUUAGGAACGUCCUCCAUUUCCUGGUCAACAUUGGCGAGGUGUGCAACGACAAGAUGAGCACACCUUACAGGAAAUGCAACAAUGUCUUUGACGAGGCCCGUGACAACUGCAUGGAGCUCCUGUCCAUAUUCUCCUUCCUCUGUCAUGUUGUGGAAGGCUUCCGGCCCCUCUGUGGUCUUGCUCAUGUGGUCCAGCUGUUCUGUAUCAUUCCUGAAUAUAUAGCCAGCCAUAUGAAGACCAGAGUGGCUGCCUCAACCAUUGCUGCGUUUGAGCAGUUGAGGCAGGAGUUUGACUUCAACAUCUCGGCCUCAAUACACUUUGACACACAACUUAACAGCAGCCAGUCAGUACAGCAAGUGGCCCAAGGAAUCAUGGGAGAGGUCACUGCAGACCUUACCCGUGUCCAAGAGCUAAUGGGACUGCUGGGAUAUGUCGGAUUAUUUCUUCUGCUGCUCAUGUACCUGCAGGCCAUCCUGUACAAAAACAAAUUCCUCUACCAGGAUGAUUUUGACAACAUCUACAUCACUGAACAGUUCAUGGAGUUGGACCUUGAGAGAUCCAGAAAGGGCAAACCCACUUUGUUGCCACUUAGCCACAAAGAGGCCCUUGUCUACAUCCAGCCUUAUUCUCUGUCCCUGACGGCCAAGGAGAAACGGGCAGCUGCUCUUAGUGCGGUGUCCAUCCUCAGGCAUAUAGUUGUGGGCUGUCUGGUUGUGGCAUUGGAUCUGAUGGUUUUCUGGAUAUUCGACGUAGUGCACCACCUGGCACAGGGUGAGAUCGUGGCCAGAGCCCCUAUUGUGGUUGCAGUUCAGGUGAAUGGUUCAGGUUAUGCCUCAGAUAUCUUCAAGGACCUUGUUGCCUCUUUUGACAUCUUGCAAAAGGGCAAUAUUACUGUCCUGAGCAAGAAGUGUUUGAUGGAGCCCUCAGAGCCUGACUACAAUGGCUACAUUAUUAUAGGAGUACUAUAUGGCCUCUCCUUCUUUGUUGUGAUGGCUGGUAGCUACUGCAACCGUAUUCGGAGGUUCAUCUGUGCUAGUUACUACCCCAAACGUGAACGGGAGAGGAUCCUCUUUCUGUACAACCGCAUCCUCACCCAGCGUGCCUCUCUCAGGAAGGCGCUGCUGCGGUCCGUGGCCCGAAGCAAGGCUGACGAGGCUCACCCCAGCCUACGGCAAAAGCUGGCAGCCCUCCUCCCUGCUGGGUCCUGUAUCGCAAAGCUCUUGAAGGCAUCUGAGGUCUCCUGCAUGGCUUGUGGCAAGGUGGCUAAGGGGCGGGAGGAUCCUGAUGUGUUCGUCUGCAGCACGCCACAAUGCAAAGGCCUGCUCUGCCACCAGUGCCUCCACAGCAUGGAUGGCGUGUGCACCAUCUGCAUGGGGCCCCUAACCUUCCAGGAGGAUUCUGAGGAGGAGCUAGACUCCAGUGAUGAUAAGCAGGUGGGCUUGUGGACUGCAGCCCUGAAGAAUAUGAAGCACAGCUGUCAGAGUAGCAACAGGAAGAAACUGCUCAAGAGAAGGAUCAGAGAAGCACUUAGGAGGAGGCCAGGGGCCAGAGAUGGGAAAAGCCAGCAAGGAUCCAGUGAGAGAACCAGGAUGCAGGACAUUGGAGUAGCGGGAGGCAGUGAUACAAGCAGUAACAUCAGUACCCAGAGUGAGACCGACCACAGUGAUCCAGACAUGGCCUACCAGAACCAGCCAGCAUGGGACCACUCUGGAUCCAGUGACCACGACCCCCAGCCCUUUCUGGAUGUGUUUGUAAGGCAGGAGCAGGGGGUCCAAAUGGAUGUCAGCGACUCUUCCAGCUCCUACAAAAGCAGCAUCUUCCAGGAGGCGGAGUUGCACACCAUCACAGUUGAGAACUCCAUCCAGAAGUCCCCUCCAUCUUAA